UAGGACUCUGGCUAGCCGCCAGCCAUGACUCUGUGUCCCUGCCACCUAGUCCAAAUCGCCAAGAGCUUAAAACACAACACUCUUGAGUCUUGUAAUACUAUUGUUAGCAUCGAAAGAUGUGGGGAUUUGGUGGGAAACAUUACUGGGGAAGAAGAGACAGAGGAGAACAAGUAGAAGGUGUCAUUGUGAUAUUUGCGUGGAUGUCUAGUGAACGCAAGCAUGUUCAAAGAUUUGUUCAACUCUUCGCUUCUCUUGGCUGGAACUCACUUGUUUGUCACUCCCAAUUCCUCAACAUGUUCUUUCCGGAGAAGGGAGCAUCGUUGGCAUCAGAAAUUCUUUAUGAGCUUAGUGAGGAGUUAAAAGUAAGGCCAUGCCCUGUGGUAUUUGCCUCAUUUUCUGGUGGACCCAAAGCAUGCAUGUGUAAAGUUCUUCAGAUAAUUGAGGAGAAUUAUGCAGAACAAUCCGAUCAGGAUAAAUAUCAACUGGUCAGAGAUUGCAUUUCUGGGCAAAUUUUUGAUUCGACUCCAGUAGAUUUUACCACUGAUCUGGGUGCUAAUUUCGUUCUUCAUCCUACUAUUCUAAAAAGAUCACACCCUCCUCGUAUGGUAUCUUGGAUUGUGCAUAGACUAAAAUAUAUAGGAGAUACGUAUCUCCUUUACCAAUUGGAAUCACUGCGUGCUGAGUAUUGGCAAAUCCUAUACUCCACACUUCAAAUGGGGGCACCAUAUCUUAUUUUGUGCUCAGAAGAUGAUGAUCUUGCUCCUUUUCAUACUAUAUGUAAUUUUGCUCAAAGAUUAAAAGACCUCGGGGGUGAUGUUAAACUGGUGAAGUGGAGUAACUCUUCUCAUGUAGGUCAUUAUAAGCAUUACCCAGUUGACUAUAAGGCAGCUGUGACCGAGCUGCUUGGAAAGGCUGCUGUACUAUAUUCUAAAAGGAUACGACGAAUCGACAAGGAAAAGAUAGUGCUUGAUGGAAAAGAGGAUGAUGUUGCACCGUCACCAGGCCACCUGGAGAAUGCAGCAAUGAGCUCGAGUCAGACCAUUCAUAGGAGAGUUGCUCUUGAAUUGAAUGACCACUUAUUUGUGCCAAUCUCUUCUCAGUGUCAUGGGGAUGAAGCUAUUGAUUCUGUUCAUGAUGAAUAUAAAGAAUCUUAUGUCCCUAUUACUAAGCCACCGGUCAUCAAAGCUCAUGGAAUUCUUGGUCAGGCUCUCUUUGGCUUGUGUGUCCCAGAGGAUGUUGAUGACUGGCAUAUAAAACCAUCAUUAUUCUUAGAAAAAAAAGGCAUUCGACGUUCAAAGCUCUGAUAGUAUUCACCUUUCAAUUCCGUUUAUUGCAUUUGACGUUCAAACCUAUGAUAUUGUUGGUUACAUAUCUCUAAGAAGCUUUGAAACUGCAUACUGACAGAGUGAAGGUUAUAUAAUCUGGAUCCAGAAUAUACGGGUUAAUGUGAGGUGUCAUCAUGGCAUUGUGGUUUCGGCUGAAUGCACAGGCUUCCUAUUCAAAUUUUCUGCUGCUGCUGCUGCUGAGGGGUCUCUCUGAUCUGGAGUUAUAAGUUUUAACUAGUUGUACUUUUCUUUUUUGCUUCUUGUAAUUUGAUGGUAUGAUAACAUGAAGUAUAAAUCUGUGCUCUUGGAGAAAGUGGUGACUAACUCACUAUGUCCAGAAAGAAAAACAGCAAUAGAAAUCUGUAUUCUAUAA